UCGUUUCGAUUGCCGUUUCUAAGUGUCGUUUUGCGUUCCAAUUAUCGUGUUUGAAUAUCGUUGUAGGUAACGUUUUCGGCUACCGUUUUGCGUGUCGUUCUUUGAGUAUCUCUUUGAGUACCGCUUUGAUUGCCGCUUUUAAGUAUCGUUUGGCGUGCCGUUGCCGAUUGCCGUUUUUGCGUAUCGUUUCCAAAUAUCGUUUGAGUAUCGUUUCGACUGUUGUCUCCGAAUACCGUUUCCGGAGUAUCGUUUUUGGAAGUAUCGUUCUUGGUUAUCGUUUUCUGAAUAAAUCAGUUUGAGUAUCGUUCUCUGUGACGCCUUGUUUGGCGAAUAUUGUACUUUGAUUUGUGUUUAAUAUCACUAGUUGCGUUUCGAUAUGUUUCUCAGGAGAGCUUCAGAAUUGUAUAACUGCGCCACCGUGCGCCGCGUGUAGGUAUCAGUAAUAGCACGUAUGUCUACGCGUACGCGUGAACGCAUGUAAAAAAAUAAAGAGUUAAAUAAAAAGUGCUUAAGCAAGAUUAGCGUGAGUCAAUUGAGUAAACCAGCCUACAAAUAAAAUACGUGCCGAGCACCCAGCUAAGCAAAAGCUGCAAACAUGGUCCUUCGAGCCGGAUAAUAUUGCAAACCGGGCAAUACAAGGAAAGCACGUGGUAUUGAGGUUAACUGGCGUUGCACGCAGAAAGGUUUGUUCGUCAAAUGAGCAAUAGUGAUUUAUGCUUUCCGUGCAUCACGUGAAACCUAGACGGAUAUUCGGAACGAGACCAGGCAAGGAUCUCGCAUCGCCCUGCUCGCAGUAACCGCACGAAGCAAGCGUGGGACAAGAACAACGAAGUUUUCCUUUUUGUCGCUCGUCACGCGGCUUGUUGGACAUAAGCCGGGUCUACAAUGAGUCGGUAGUCGGUAAUCGGAAAUCGGAAGUCGUAAGUCUUAACCUAAGUCGGUGACUCUAUCAAUUUUUCGUAUCCACAAUGAGUCGCUAGUCGUAAAGCGAAUCUCUCAGCUGGACCAAUAGGAAAACUGAUUUUUUGAAAAGGUGACUGUUGACUUUCAUUGACCUCAAACCAUUGUCGUUGUUUAUACCGGUGAUCGCUGGUGAAACGUGAUGAGUGACGAAAGUGAAAAUUCUGUGAAAAUGGACGAUGAAGAAAUAAUUAUAAUUAUGGUGAUGUAAAUGAUGUUAUAAUCUUUCACGGUGGGAGCGUAUCACAUCUUCAUGAGACAUAAUGGUCGAAGGUUAGUUCUCUUUAUCUAGUAUAAAUAUAAAAAUGAUUUAUCUAGCUAUUGGAACAUCGAAGUAGGUGACUAAUAUUUUUUAUUUACAUAAUGUUAGGUGGUGGGGCAGACCUGUGAACAGGCUAUUCACUCAGCAAGGGAAUUUCAUGAACUUGUUUCAUGAAUUAAAAGAAACAGAUCACGAAGAAUUUUAUAAGUACACAAGAAUGACUCCUACACAAUUUGGUUGGACUGGUUGUUGGAAAAAGUUGGUCCUUUUUUGAAGAAGAAGAGCAUGCGACGACCUUUUCCACCAGAGCUGCGUCUUGCCGUCACUUUGGAAUAUCUUGGUCAUGCCGAUAGUGUGUGGCAGAAGAAAUGGAGUUUUCGGAUUGGACGUUCAACUGUGUAUAAAAUAAUCCCAGAGACUUGUGCCGCAAUAUGGAUAGCAUUGCAGCCAAUAUAUUUACCUCUAAUGCAGAGGAAUAACUGGCAAGAAAUUGUACAAGGGUUUUGGCACCAAUGGAAUUUCCCCAACUGCUUGGGAGCAGACGGAAAACAUAUUAGAAUUCAAGCUCCCCCAGCACAGGCUUACUUUAUUAUAACUACAAAAAAUUUUUUUCAAUUGUUUUGAUGGCAGCCUGCAAUGCAAACUAUAAAUUUACAUGGGUAGAUAUAGGUGACUAUGGUGGCAUUUCUGAUGGUGGAGUGUGGGCAAACUCCGACUUUGGUCGUAGCCUGGACAGAGGACAAGUGGAUUUACUUUUCCUUCAGCAUUGGCCUGGAAUGGUGGAACCAAUGCCCUUUACGUUUGUCAGUGAUGCUGCAUUUCCUCUUAAAACCUUUAUGAUGAAACCGUAUGCAAAACCCAAGCGAAGGAGAAACCAAGGACAGCAAGAAGAGGAAGAAAGAAAUGAAGAAAAUUAUUACGACAAAGAUGUUGUUGUGGGCCUGGGAAUGCCAGAAAUGAUUUUCAACUACCGACUCUCAAGGGCUAGGAGAGUUAUAGAAAAUGCCUUCGGUAUUCUUGUGGCAAAGUGGACCAUUUUGAAAGGCAGCAUCGCCUGCAAUUUGGAGACCUGUGAAACAAUAGUGUUAGCUUUGAUGGUGCUCCAUAAUUUCCUCCUGUCUUCUGAAGAAGAAUUGCCAAUCAACAACAUUGAUACAAUGUUCAAGGGUUGACUGACCAGGAAGGGUCACAUGGUGAGCUAUUUCAAAAUGGUGCAUGGCGUAGAGAAGUGCCUGAUAUAAAUAUAUUCCAACGAAUUGGAAGGAUGGGUAAUAACAAUGCAGCCGCUGAUGCCAUCAAACUUAGAAAUAACUUAAGGGACUACUUUGUAAGCGAAGCUGGUGAAAUUGAAUGGCAAUACGAAAUUGCUACUCGAAAUAAUCCUAUUAUGAGAGGACCAUUGUAGAGUUUAUAACUGUCAUGUAUAUAAAGGCCUGGUACUGUGGUUUUUCGAGAAAUUAGAAGAUACCAGAAGUAACUGAUUGUGAGUUGCUGAUACGAAAAUUGCCAAAUUGCCGUUCCAACGCUUGGUUCGUGAAAUCGCAUAGGAUUUCAAGACCGAUUUGUCCGAAACUUCCCGUGUUUUACAACUUAAUAAUUUAUAUCACAUAGAUAUUCGUAUAUUUACAAGAUUUAAUU